UUUACACUCACAGUUGUGUAAUACUUUCAGUGUUUGUUAUGAAACACUCCAAAUCGAAGGAAAGUUCAGAAUCACAGUCCACUUCGUUCUUCAACAAAUUAAAACCGGGACAUAAUGAUGUUCAGGAAGUUUAUUCCUCCUAAAAAACACAGCGGCUUUAGGAGGCGAUUGUUCACUCCUCGUCACAGGAACAUGGUGAAUCAUGCUGUGAGUCAUGAUGAGCCACCGAAACAGAAGAGCGAGAGCCGAGAGGAGUCCAUCCUGGCGUUCCUCGGGAUCGCGUGCACCAUCCUAAAUCUCCUCGUCAUCAUAUUCGUCUACAUCUACACCUCCCUGUGAGCGAGGGAUUCUCUCAGCUGACACUGAUAACGCAGAGUCAGAGUGGACUUUAGAUUGAGAUAAAAUUUAUUGUUGUUUUCAAAUAAUGCGUGACAUUAUGUAUAAACCCUGGUUUGCAUUUUUAGAUUGUGAUUUUUGUAUAUUUUAACAAUUUAUAAAAAUUAUAUUGUUAAAAAAACAUAUUUAAAAACUGUUUUUCUUACAAUUUCUAGGUGAUUACAAAACUAUAAAUUAUAUACUAUCUAUACUAUGAACCAUUACAUUUUCUUUUACUAAUUUAAUCUCAACUUAAUUUCAACCAAGUGCCAAAUGACCAAAUGUAAAAUUUAAUAAGACAUAAUUUUCUAACAACUAAAACAAGGAAGUUGUUUAUUUAUUAUAAAACUGUUACCCACAUUCAUUCUCUACGUUUAAUAAUCACCCCAAUUUUACUGAUUUACAUCAUUAUUAUUAUAAUAAUUUGUAAUAAUAAUUUAUGACCUUUUCACCUUUAUCGUUUUAGUAAAGUACUAUUUUUCUGUAAAUGCAAUAUUGCAGUAAUAUCGUAUACAGUAUUUGGUGUGUUCCAUGUUACAAAUGCCAAGUGGAGCCCAAAUAAAUUUAUUUAAAAAAAAUAAAAUAAUAAUAAUCUAAAUAAAUAAAAUAUUUUACAAAAUGUUGUAUGUGUUUUUGGCAUGCUGGACUUUUUGUGUAUAAUUUUAACAAAUAAAAAACCUGAAUUUUC